AUGACAAGUGGAAGCAGGAAUCAAGCACCGGCCAUUAUACUUACUUUUCUGCAUCCAGAUUCUCAGAAAGAUCUACCAUAUCGCCGUCGAGCCGACUGCAUUGUACAAGGAGGCUACAAUUCUGGUACCGAUGUGAAGCUUCGCAUUGGGAAUGGUGGUGCUGGGCAGAGUGGACUUAUUGAGGCCCUGGCAGAUACUUUCAUCAAGGCGAGCGUGGAAAACGGUUCUGCACCAUUCAAGGUCGCCUGGUACAAGAGUCACACAACAUCGCUUGCCAUCCGACAGCGCGUGGCCGAGGGCCCUUCCUGGUACGCCUGGCGCGACUACUCUCUGCUGGUUGGCCCUCACUUCAACCCAGUUCGACUGAACAAGACCGACGACAUCUUGACCAUGUUCUCCAGCCUCUACACCGCGGCCGAGAACGACAGCGCCCCUGUUCGUACCAGGUUCCUCUCACGGUAUGACAAGUCCACCACCAACAUCAAGGAAUCCGACCUCUGGAUUGGCAUUGGACAGGUUCCAUGGGCGACGACAUACUCCACGUGGUACCAUCAGUACAUCGCUUAUUAUGUUCAGGCGCUGACCGCCGCCAUCCUUCUGGAGGAGUACACUGUUACGGAUCGCGGCACCUAUCUCACAAUCUCAGAGGAUCUGCAGAGCCAGACGGCCAUCUAUAAGGCGGGGACCGACAGUUCCGGUGACCCUUUGCUCAACCCUGCCCACAUCUCGUUUGCCCAGUGGAUUCGAAGCAGUGAAGGACAGGCUGUUAUUACUGGUUUCAAGAAGAACGGACGGCAGCUGUACACGGGUGCCCCGGCUAACAAGACUGCCCAUUUUGAAGACCUUUGCCGAUGAAGGGAGUACUUAGAAGGGGUUAUACAUGCUCAAGUGAUUAUGAAGCUAGUAA